AUGGCCAGGUAUCUGCCGGAGCGGUGCAUGAGGCAGUUUGGACGUGUGCAUAUGAUAUUGAGGUCUCCGUUUGAGGCUGCUCCCGACACCAUUUCCCGAGUGGGCCUCACUGCUAUAUUUGUGGAUUGGGCGCAUCAUUUGGUGACCGAGGAGUAUCGGCGUUUGGUGGCCACCCAGAGCUGGCACUGUGUGGAUGGUUAUAUGACAUGGUUUUAUCGGGUGUCACAUCCUCUGAUGACACUCGAAGCUCCAGAAGAUCCACCUAGGCUAGCACAUGAGGAGAUCUUGGAGAACCAGCAGGCCGAGAAGGACCAUGCCACUGGUCAAAGGGUGAUUUCGGAGAUGCAUCUCUGA